AUGAAUAUCAAUGCGUGGAACAACAAAACCCAAGAUUUGAUUUAUCUAAGAAUCAACAUCCUUAUUCUUCCGAAGCAGAGCAAAAUACCCAACAACAGCACAGAGCGCAGCCACAACAUUCCCUUCCUUGAUCAAUACCCUGAGCACGAACCCAGUAAUCUCAGCCGUCAAUUUCUUGCCCUCCACCACCAGAUCCUUUCUGGGCUUCCCGCAGAAAGUCAAGAGCACGAGGACAGUUAUCCACGUCACCAGCGUGGCCGGCACCGCCACCGCCAGCGCCGCCACCAUGGACAGAACGCCGAACGCGAGCCCGAGAAGCAUCGACACGUACAGCGCGGAAGAAGAAUAAGAAGAAGAAUACUCGAAUUCGUACCAGGAAAGAACGGAUUUGAGGAGAUUCCACGAGAGAGAGAGUAG